UCCUGACUGAACAAACGAAAGCGCAUUGAUGCAGUUUGAAAUAGUGUCUUGAGCAGCAUGACCAGGAAAAAAGCGCUUAAGAUUGCAGUCUCAACUGAGAUACAACUGACACCUGAGAUUCUCGAGAGACACAUACAAAGAUGAAGGAGAGGGUAAACUUAUAUGUUAUUGUAUAUUCUGGUCCACGGAGUUCUAAGUUUAUAUAUUGGUGGUGGUGGGGAGGAUGGAGUGGAAAGUCUGCGUCAUCAACUGCAGUUCAAAUAGAGACACUUCAAGUGUCAAGCUGUGAUUGGCCAGGAAGCUAAGAUGCACGAUCUUGAAUGGUCUGAGGGACUUUCCAAUGAUUCCACAAUGCCUAACAAAGGUAUUAAAAGAAAGUGUGACCAUGAAUCAUCCUCCUCAAAGCCACACCCGACAACAGGACUUUCCAACCAUUCCACAAAGCCGAAGAAAGGCAUUAAAAGAAAGUGUAAUCAUGAAUCAUCCUCCUCAAAGCCAUCCCUGACAACAGGACUUUCCAACCAUUCCACAAAUCCUAACAAAGAACAUCGUCUGUUAAUUGUGGAACCCCCACUUUUUUCAGGACUUUCCAACCAUUCCACAAAUCCUAACAAAGGACUUUCCAACCAUUCCACAAAUCCUAACAAAGGACUUUCCAACCAUUCCACAAAUCCUAACAAAGGCAUUAAAAGAAAGCGUAGUCAUGAAUCAUCCACCUCAAAGCCACACCUGACAACAGAUAUGAUCAUGAAGAAUGCAAAACAAAUCAUGAAAAAAGUCAUUGAUAAAUUACACCACACAAUCAGUAUGCACAAUGACAUAAUUUCAAAGAUAAAUAAAAUGUAUACAGUCAACAUAAAGAAGACAACCAUCGGGAUUGUUGGGAGAUCUGGAGAAGGGAAGAGCUCCCUAUUAAGUGCAAUCUUGGGAAAAAAGAAUCUAAUGCCGUCUGGUAGUUUUGGUGCUUGUACAUCUGUUGUUACUCAGGUAAAAGCCAAUCUGACUGACUCCAACUACACAGCAGUGAUUGAAUUCAUCUCUAAAGAGGAGUGGGAGAAAGAACUCAAGGAUCUUCUUACAGUUUUAUCAGAUGACAGUGAGGACAGCAAUGAGGACUUGUUUGAAAUUGCUGUAGAAAAGAUCACUGCGCUGUAUGGACGUGGUGCAGACCAGAAAACAUUAGAAGAGCUCAAGAAAGAUGACAAAUAUGCUGAGAUUGAAAACUUCAUUACGGAAACUCAAAACUCAAAAAAAAUCUCAAAAAGUGAUCUCUCUGAAUUUGCCAAAGAUAUUGCAUGUUACGUACUAAACAGUAAGUCAAGUCAUGGUGGAUGGUUAUGGCCGAUUGUGAAGUGUGUGACCAUCAAGAUUCCAGACUGUCGUGAACUCCUCGAACACAUUGUGCUUGUUGAUCUUCCUGGGACUGGAGACUGCAAUAAGACUAGAGAUGACUUGUGGAAAUCUAAACUGUCAGAGUGCUCUUCUGUGUGGAUUGUAAGUGAUAUCAAUCGAGCAAUCACUGACAGAGACCCCUGGGGGAUAUUAAAGCACUGCAUGGAAGAACUGGGACCAGGAGGAGAGUGCAAAAGCAUAAACUUCAUCUGUACAAAGACUGAUGAGAUCGAUCCAGUAGGCUAUAUGAGAUCUACACGACUUCCUGAAAAUGGAAACUCAGAAGAUAAGGAUCAGAAAAAAAGGUGCAUACGUCACAGAAAUGAACUUGCCAAGACAAGUGUGAAAGAAAAGUUUGAAAAUUCUGAAAUUAAGAAAAGAUUCAGCACUGACAAUCAUUUUCUUCAAGUAUUUACUGUAAGUUGCAAUGCAUUCUUCAACCCCAGUUUAAAUCUGGAAUCUACUGAAACAGAAAUCCCAAAUCUGCAGGAUGUUCUGAGGAGUUGUAACAAAAGCAUUAACCAAGAACUGACCAGAGAUUAUGUCGAUGAAGCAAAGGGAGUUCUGUCUCUGAUCCAAAGUGUCCAGCUAGAUACAAACAAGAAAACCGCUGAAAAGAAAGCCAGUGUCCGCAUUGAACUUGAAACCAAUCUAACGAAGGCACUAAAUGAACUGGACAAAUAUUUUGGCAACAUUCAUCAUGAUCUGAAUAAGCGUCUCUCAAAGGGAGUGAAAGAAUCAGUGAACUCAUGUGUUGCUUCCACAAAGGCAUUGGUAGCAUCUAGAAAGAGAAGAGGAUUCCAUAAAACCCUUCAAGCUUUGUGCAAGAAUCAUGGAUACUUUUCGCCAAAAAGAAGGGAUGCAGUCCUAGAUCUGAACAAGAAACUGGUGAAACCCCUGCAUGAAAACAUUGAUGAAUAUUUCAGCUUGCAUUUUCCUUUGAAUGGAACAACAGGGAAGUCUGUGCAGGAGCAGAUUGAUAAAUUCACUAUCAUCCAGAGUGACUCUGCUUACACCAGAUCUUCUAUGUUACGUCACAUUCAGAACUUCAUCAAAACACAGGAAAAUGGACAGAAGACAAAGCUUAUCAAAGAAACUGUUGAAAUAAAGAAACACAUCUACUCAUCAAUUUUAGAAACCAUUAAGAAUGAAAUGGCUCCCUGUUAUGAAGAAGCUGCAGCUCUGACAGGAACAGGAUCCAUGAAGGAAAGGCAAGACAUGCUAAUAACCACAGUCGAUGAGAAAAAACAAAUCAUGUUCAACAAGGCAAAAAUGGAAGCGCUUAAAAAGUUAAAAAACUUAAAGCUUCACAUUAAGAGUACUCUGAAAUCAAAACUAAAGAAAGCAAUGGAUACCUCGCUGUCACAAGACAGCACAAUCAAAUUGAUGGAUGUCUCGAAAGAGACUGAACAGCUGGAGAGACUGUCAGAGCAACUGUCUGAUUUAUGUUCAUCAAGCAAAUAAGAAGACCGAAUUCAACACAAAUGAAAGAAGUGACAAAAAAUUCUGCAGAUUUCUGCAGAAAACAAAGUUUUCUUUACUCAAAUGUAUUCUUUUAUUUUGAUAUUUUUGAGCAUAUGCUUCUUUGAUAGAAGGUGUGUUAUCUCUUCUGUCUCUCUAUUUAAUAAUAACAGCCAUGAUGUGUUGCUCUUUUCUAAAAAGUUUGAUUUUGCAACUCUGAUUUCAUGUUUUUGUGUUUAUUAUGUAAUUAUGUAUAAACUAUGUCUGAAUAUCCAGCAUUAAGAAUGCUCUCUCUCUAUUUGAUAUGUGAUGUCAUAUUUCUAAAAUACAUGACUAUUAAAAAUGGAUGGAAAACAUUUCUUU